AUGCUGUUUACUGGCCCACGAUUCUUUCAUCUUCAAUUACUCUCAAAAGCAAAGCUUUCAAAUGGUAUGCUUUAUGCCAAGGUAGCUCCACAGUUGUUAGUCCCAUCACGCAUCAGGUUCAUCAGUACGAAUACGCAUGAUGUAUUCACUUCCAAGGAGUUAGAAAUCGCUAGGACAGAAAGGUUGAAAGGUUUAGGUCCAAUCGUGUCAAGACUACCCAAAAAAUUGAUUCCAUAUGCUGAAUUGAUGCGUUUGGAGAAGCCUGUGGGAACAUGGCUGCUUUAUCUACCUUGCACGUGGGCAAUAUUGAUUGGUGCAAUAGAGACAUCGGCAAGUCUAGGCCAUACUUUAGGCAUCCUUGGCUUGUUUGGACUCGGUUCAGUGAUAAUGAGGGGUGCUGGAUGCACCAUUAACGAUCUGCUAGAUAAGGACUUGGAUAGUAAGGUAAUCAGAUCAGUGGAAAGACCUCUAGCUUCCGGUAGAAUAUCCACAAGAAACGCCACGCUCUUUCUUGCAGGCCAAACUGUUGCUGGCGCUGGUAUAUUAAGUUUAUUACCUGCUGGAUGUUGGUGGUUGGGGCUGACUUCGUUGCCAAUUGUUUUCACCUAUCCAUUGUUCAAAAGAUUUACUUAUUACCCACAAGCUGCCUUGAGUGCUUGUUUUACUUGGGGUGCGUUACUAGGCUUUCCUGCGAUGGGAAUCUUUGAUUGGCCAACAAUGAUACCUUUGUAUCUGGGCACUUAUCUAUGGUGUAUGACCUACGACACCAUAUAUGCCCAUCAAGAUAAAAAAUAUGAUAUUAAGGCUGGGAUAAAGUCCACUGCUCUUGCCUGGGGUAAAAAUACUAAGAAAAUCUGUUUUGGAUUAUCUGCAGCGCAACUUUCUUUGUAUACUAUAGCUGGUAUCAAUAGUGGAUUAAUUUUGGGGCCAGGAUUCUUGGGAGGCUUGGCCAUUUUUGGUUAUAGAUUAAUUACAAUGCUUUCAAAAGUGAAUUUGGAUGAUCCAAAAGACUGUCGGAGAGCUUUCUUAGCGAAUAUAAACACUGGAUUAUACUUCUCAUAUGCAUUGUUCUUUGAGUAUUUGCUAAAAUCCUUUUUUUAA